AUGAAAUGUGGCAUCCGGCCAUUAAGAAAAACUGAGAAAAUGAUGCAAAUGAACUCUCGUAUUGUUGGGGGAGCGGACACGCCAGUUGGUGGACAACCUUGGACUGUGUCAAUAAAAUUAUAUGAAAGACAUAUCUGUGGUGGGACUAUUGUAGAGAAAAACCUGGUGGUGACUGCUGCUCACUGUGUCUAUCCUGCAAAUAAUGACAAAAUCCAACACUUGGUGGUGGUAGCUGGAGAGUAUGACCAGAAGAUUGAUGACCCCCAGCAACAGGAUAUCCCAGUGUCUGAUGUGAAAAUGCAUCCCAAGUACAAGCAUGAUGGGAGUAUGAGUUAUGACAUUGCACUGGUCUAUCUGCAGAAGCCUAUCCUUCUGGGGUCUCGUGUGCAGCGAGUGUGCUUGCCACAAGUGGGGGAGAAGGUUGAGCCUGGAACCAUGUGUGUGGCCAGUGGAUGGGGAAGAGUUAACGAAAGUGGAGAGCUGUCCAACAUCCUGCAGGAGGUGAACCUUCCCAUACUAGAUGAUGAAAUGUGUAGAUCUGCACUUGCCUCCAUGGGGCUUCCACACUUACAUAACUCAAUGAUUUGUGCUGGCUUCCCGGAUGGAGGAAAGGAUGCUUGUCAGGGAGACUCGGGUGGACCCUUUGUCUGCAGACGUCGAUCUGGUACAUGGGUCUUGAUUGGCACUACGUCUUGGGGCGCUGGUUGUGGAAGAGUUUGGGGAGCAUCAAUGACUGACAGAGCUGCUCUUGGGUCUCCAGCCAUAUACUCCAAAGUUUCUGCUCUUAUGGACUUCCUUAGAAAUUCCUCAUCUGACAGUGGCUGUAGUUCGAGCCCUUUGAUUAUUGUUGCCAAAAAUGGUUACAUCAAGUACCCCCUAGAUAAAAGGAGCAAUUAUUCCAGCAGCAGCUUAUGUCAAUGGACAAUAAUUUCAUCAGUGGGUAAGAUAAUCAAGAUUCAAUUUAUUAAACUGGACAUUGAGGACCAUGUGACCUGCGCUCACGACUCUUUGACUUUUACUGUGAAACUAAAGGAUGUCCGAAAGGUGUGUGGAUCCGUCCUGCCAUCCCCUUUAAUAAUCCGCUCCAGUAAUGUUACAGUAACUUUCCUGUCGGAUGGCACCGUUAAUGGCCGUGGGUUUGAAUUCAAGUUCUCAACGGUAUUUUCCUCGUCAGAGAAAGGCUCUGGGUGCGGUAGUGCGGCAGAUCUGCGAGAGGAAGGCAAAAUAUUCACCCUCAAUUAUCCCGGAUUAUAUCCUAGUAAUGCCAUCUGUCGCUGGGUCAUAGAAGCACCAGAAGGCCAAGUCAUACAACUUGUAUUUGAAGACUUUGCUCUGGAAUACCAGGAACAAUGUGAAUACGACCGUGUUUCUAUUUACAGCGACAGAGAGGAAUCCCAUCAAAUCGUAACCUUAUGUGGAUUUUCAGUUGCUCGUCAAGUCUUCAGUCCAAGUAAUGUUAUGGUCAUUAAAUUCGAAAGCGAUCGUGAGAACAAUUAUGCUGGUUUCAUGGCGAGGUUCAGCUUUAUAUAUCCAGAUUUUGCAGACAAGAAGACAACUGCAUCCUCAAUUGAGGCUUCUCUGGCACCAUAUCAAGAACCAAAUCGAGAAGCUAAGCACAUUAAUACAGGGGUUUGUGGGGUGUCCCCCCUGUCCCCGCAGUGGCUUUUGAAUCGCAUUGUAGGAGGGGAGGAAUCUUGUCCUAACUGUUGGCCAUGGCAGGUAAUGAUCAAGUACCAGGAAAGGUUUCAGUGCGGAGGAGUAAUCCUAUCACCCCAAUGGAUCCUGACAGCUGCUCACUGCCUACCAUCCUUCGAUCCUUCCCGUUACCAUCUUGUAGCUGGGAUCCAUGAUCGACUCUUGAAUGAAUCCAGCAGGCAGGACAGGAUGGUUCACACCAUUGCAGCUCAUGAAAUGUACAGUCACAUCACCAAUGACUACGACAUUGCAUUGAUCCAUUUGGCAGAGGAGUUGACCUUUAAUGACUUUGUACGUCCAAUCUGUCUGCCUAGAAUGGAGGAACCCCUUAAGCCGACAUCCCUGUGUGUGGUCACUGGUUGGGGCAGCACUGGAGAAGAUGGACAAUACUCCAACCGCUUGCAGCAAUUACAAGUCCCCAUCCUAGAUAAUGGCAUCUGCAACAAUUCCUAUUACCCAGGAGUGAUUUCAGAACGCAUGUUCUGUGCUGGAUUUCCUGAUACCGGAGGAAAGGAUUCCUGCCAGGGUGAUUCUGGGGGGCCCCUGGUCUGUCCCAGCUCAAAUAAAUCCUAUGUACUUUUUGGCAUAGUCAGCUGGGGUGUGGGCUGUGCACGGUCAAAAAAGCCUGGUGUAUAUACAAGAGUUCGUUCUUUCCUGAGCUGGAUAGAAAGUACCCAACAAGAAGUCAACAAAACUUUAUAUAAUGAGGAUAAUGCUGCAAGUCAGUCACUGAAAGUUAACAAGGACAGAUCUCCACUUGCGGCUUGUCCCAGAGGCCUUCUUUUGGAAGAUGCGGUUGGCUCUAUUGCUUCACCAGGAUUUCCAUAUGGAUAUGCUGGUGGCCUGAUCUGCUCCUGGGUCAUCUCCACCACAACUUCUAAUGGCUUAAUAAAAGUUGUUGUGGAACACCUAUCUAUCCAGGAAUCUGUAAACUGUAUCGUGGAAUCUCUGUCCAUCUAUCAGGAGGAGAACAAUGUCAGUAAAUUGAUAGAUAAGAUGUGCGGCUUCCCAUCCACACCAAUGACCUAUGAAAGUCGUGGGCCCGUUGUACGAGUGGUCUUCAUCUCUGCUAAUCAAGGCAUUUAUAGCAGAAAUGGCUUUAGCCUCCAGUACAAGAUAUAUGGUGGAAGAGUGAGGGAUUUUAUUGAGACCGGAUGGAGGAAAUCUAGAAUUCUGGAGGAUUGUAAUGAUAGAAUUGUAACUUCAGAGAAUGGAGUGAUCUCUUCUCCUGGAUAUCCAGAUGAAUAUCUCAAUAAUCUCAGAUGUGAAUGGAGGAUCAUUGCCCCACUUGGAAGCAUAAUUCGAUUUGACAUUGACUCACUAAAUACAGAAAAAGACCAGACUGGUUGCCUAGAUGUUCUACAAGUGUAUCAGGGGCUUGGUCAAAAUAAAGAUCUAUUAGGCUCCUUUUGUGGGAACAUGUCUGACCAUGCUUUGAAGACCAGUGGUCCGGAGAUGACUUUAGUGUUUACUUCUGACUCCAGGGUGUCUAUGAAAGGAUUUUCUUUAAGAUAUUCCUUCUGGAAGCUGCAGACAGAUUCUGUAGAAAGAGGAGAGAAUUUGUCUGUUCUCCGUUGUCCCAUACUGAAUAUUUUAAGAACUAGUCAAUCAGAUCUAAAAUCACCCGGCUAUCCCUGGACUUACCUUACUGAACUGGAUUGUUGGUGGAUCAUUUCUUCUGUAUCUGGGAAUGCACUCGAGUUAAAUAUUGUAGACCUAGCACUGGAGGACUCUCCAAACUGCAAAUGGGACUAUUUUAAGAUUUAUGAUGGAGCCGCUAAUGAGACGAAGUUGCUGGGGACAUUUUGCGGAAGCAAGUCCAAUCAUAUCUUCAGCACCAGCAGCAGUUUCCUAACACUCCACUUCCACACGGAUGUUUCUGUGAACGGCCGCGGUUUCCAUAUUCGCUACAGUGAAAAAAACUGUUCCUUAAUAAAGACAUGGAGGUCUGAGGGGGUUGCCAUGGAUUAUGAAAACUGUGGGACCUCUUAUGUAGAUCCCAUGCCAAAAACCAAGUCCACUUCAAUGGCAGAGGUGGUUAUAGAUGAAAAAGGGACACCCAGAGUUGUGGGAGGUCAAGCUGCAGCCUCGAAGUCCUGGCCAUGGAUUGCCAAUCUUCAGGACCAAUGGGGAAAAUCUUUCUGUGGAGCGGCAAUCAUCCAUAAGAAGUGGAUACUGACUGCGGCGCACUGCAGCUUUGUUGUUGGGUCAGACAGAGUCAUCAUAGGACACACAGAUCGGUCUGUCACCAACAAGACUGAGGCCAUAGUCAGGAAAUCAUAUGUUCACGAACUGUACAGCGAAGACCUGGAUCCUCCAGAUUAUGAUAUCUGUCUACUAGAGCUUGAGCAUCCCGUUCCCUUAGGUGAUUCCAUUGCUGUAAUAUGUUUGCCACAAGAAGCUGAAGAGUUUGAGCAUGACAGCUGUCUGACGGCAGGAUGGGGGGCCACCAAAGGAAGAAGCAUCUAUUCUCCUAAAUUACUUCAGCAAGCAAAAAUUCCUCUACUGUCCAGUGAAGCCUGCAGAAGCUACUGGGGACCAGAUAUAACUGAAAGAAACCUUUGUGCAGGGGCUUCAGGAGCCUCUUCUUGUCUGGGUGACUCGGGGGGUCCAUUGAUCUGCCGUUUAGAAAACGGGUACAAGUUGGUUGGAGUAGUGAGCUGGGGAAGUGACACUUGUGACCCCAAUGCUCCAGCUGUUUAUUCUUCAGUAUCUAAAUACAGAGCUUGGAUAGAGCAAUACACUGGAUUGUAA